AUGAGUCGAAACUGGAUUCCGGCGCUUGUAGCCAUUGGAGUGGGAGUCUUUUCAGGCUAUUACACCUUCCAACCUUUACUGAAGGAUUUGCAGAUGGAGAAAGCAGGCUCCCAGCGACUUGAACUAGGAGAGCGAACUCAAGCCCCUAACGGUGCUCAGACCCCUACUGCGAACAUCAACGAAGGCUCAAACGCUCCAGUGACGCCAGAUACAAAAACCACUCAGGCCGGAAAUCCAAAGUAG